AAGCCAUUUGUUGCUAUGUGGUCUGAACACACAGAUGUUAACAGGACUCACCAAAUUAUUUAUGCCUUGCCAGCAGAAUGAUCAAUGGGGAACACACCAGGAAAAGUGAAAUUCUCCUAUAAGAACUCACAAGUCCAAUCAUAAUAUGCUUUGUAUUCUCUGAAGAUAAGAAUUGUGAAUUCAGUCUGUGAACUGUGCAUACUGCUUGCCAAACAAUCUAUUGCUUCCAUUAACACUAAUCGGUGAGUCCAUAUGACCUCAUGAAUCUCUUGUAACAAGUGGACUCAGCUAGGAUGUUACACCAUCACUGUCGGAGGAACCCUGAACUACAGGAGGAACUCCAGAUCCAGGCCGCCGUGGCUGCUGGGGAUGUUCACACGGUGCGCAAGAUGCUAGAGCAAGGCUAUUCUCCAAAUGGCCGAGAUGCAAAUGGAUGGACUCUGCUUCAUUUCUCGGCAGCAAGAGGCAAAGAGCGAUGUGUCCGUGUAUUUCUGGAACAUGGCGCUGAUCCCACAGUUAAGGACUUAAUUGGAGGCUUCACCGCUCUUCAUUACGCAGCCAUGCAUGGCCGAGCCCGGAUUGCACGCUUGAUGUUAGAAUCCGAAUAUAGAAGUGACAUUAUCAAUGCCAAAAGUAACGAUGGUUGGACUCCCCUCCACGUAGCCGCACACUAUGGCAGGGACUCAUUUGUCAGACUCCUGCUGGAGUUCAAGGCUGAGGUCGAUCCGCUCAGUGAUAAAGGUACAACACCGCUUCAGCUGGCCAUUAUCCGGGAGAGGUCAAGCUGUGUGAAGAUCCUCCUGGAUCACAACGCCAACAUCGACAUUCAAAAUGGUUUCCUGUUACGAUACGCUGUGAUCAAAAGUAAUCACUCCUACUGCCGAAUGUUCCUUCAGAGAGGAGCGGACACAAAUUUGGGUCGCUUAGAAGAUGGACAGACCCCUUUGCAUCUAUCUGCCCUUAGAGAUGAUGUGCUUUGUGCACGGAUGCUGUAUAAUUAUGGAGCGGACACUAACACAAGGAACUAUGAAGGACAGACGCCGUUGGCCGUGUCAAUAAGUAUUUCUGGAAGUAGUCGACCCUGUUUGGAUUUCUUACAAGAAGUAACAAGGCAGCCCAGAAACUUGCAAGACCUGUGCCGAAUUAAAAUUCGCCAUUGUAUAGGCCUUCAGAACCUAAAGCUUCUUGAUGAACUACCAGUUGCCAAGGUCAUGAAAGACUACUUAAAACACAAAUUUGAUGAUAUCUGAUAUCCACAAAACUUUGUGAGCAAGAUUAGGAGUUAUAUUUCAGAUACUUAGGAGGCCUGUUGCCUUGCACAAGUAUAUCCUAUGCAAUUUCUGAUUGCUGUGAAGUCAGAAGGCAGGUAUACACUUUUGGGGUUUUUUGUCCAUUUGUUUUCAUUGUGGGGUCUUUUUAAUACUUCAUCCUAAAAGGUCUUAAUUUUGGUUUUGGUCCAGAUUUGCAAGGUCCAAACUUUCUAUACAAAAUUACGGUGAGAAAACUUUUUUUAAAAAUGAAGCGUGCCGAUUUGAAAUAGAGAAUCUACCCUUUUCAAAGAGUUUAUGGUUUUCACUGGCACACGUGGUAUAGUAAACCAGCUGAGAAGUCAAGUAAAGUGAGGUUUGGAGGCACAGUUUUAAAUAGGGUGACUUGGAAUAUACAGAAAAAUUCCAUAUGAAAUUUUAAAAGAAUUGCAGUUACCCCAAUCACUUUUAAUGAGUACAAAUUGGCUAUUUUAUACUUUUCUUUUCCUAAUUAUUGAAGCUCAGAUUUCAUAAAACUAGUACCUCAGAUUACUAGUACCUCAGUUUUCCUGUUAGAGUGCUUUUGUUUUUAGCUAUUAUUUUUAACAACGGCUACCCAGAGACAUGGUGUCUCAUUUUCUCUCUGUGUCUAGCUGAAUCUUUAAAAAAAAUGUAAUGGGAAGCAAAUUUACUUUUUAAAGCCAAUAUGUUCUGUUCCUAAAACGGUGCCUCUGGUGCAAUAAUCUUUUUGGUGUAUUUUAUCCAUUGUUUUAAUGUGACAUUCAUCAUUCCAAAGCCAGCUUCAACAUGUCUGUGAAAAUCGAAACUGCCAUGUUUUGUGUUUAUGCCAUGAUACCAUAAAAAAUCAGUUGUAGCUUCCAUUAUAAGUGCCGUCUAUCAUGAAUGUGUAACUUGUUAUUUCACCUUUUGCAGAAAUUACCACAUCCAUGUUGGUAGGCUUAAUAUGCUCUAAAGAUGUCCAGAAUGUGAUGCCAUUUUGCUCUAAUGUGGCUAAAUACUCUGGGAUGGCUUCAGAUGUUACCUUUGAGGGAUAAAAUUUCUUAGGGUUGUAUAUUUGCUAAAUUUAUAAAUAUUUUUUUCAAUAAAAUGUUGGGUAACAACACUUCUCAACUUAAAAUUAAUAGGGACUUUAACUUGAAAUUGUACAAAAUUUGUUGAGCUUUAUUAGUCGGACAACAUGAUUUCUUUUUCUGAUUGGUCAGGAUGCAUUUUUACAAUGUAAGCACUUUUAAGACAUGAUAAAAUGUCUAAUUAUUGGCCAGAUUUCCAAGGGAAUCUUUGGUCCAAGAUGAUGCCCCUGGAAAUAUGUUCUGCCUUUGCUUUGUCACCACAUUAGCUUCAUAAGACCUUUUUAAAUGCCAGCAGUGCCUCCUUUCCCAGUGCUUGUGGAGCCUUUACCAAGUUUAACUAUUGGCUAUUAAUUUAAUAAAAGUUGAAGGACUGAAAGAUUCUCUUGGCUUCCCCUGUUGUCACUUUUAAAUGAACAAAUGUCGGAACGGCUGGGGCUGGCUUAACAAGAGUAUCAUUAAAUUUAGAAAUUGGCUUUUCCUUCCUGGAGCCAAGAGUUGUAUUUUUUUAAACCUCCCUCAUUUCUGGAGGUGGUUGAUCUCCCCAGGCAGUGUGUGGGCCUUCAAAACAGAAGUGUCUUCGGAGAGAGGAUGGGCUUGGGGAUUGGUAAUAGGACCCAAGGAGCUCUUCAAUUCCCUGGGCCUGAGUUCGAAUUUGAUCUAGCUCAGUAAUGACUGUCAAUUAUCACUGGCACCUGAUGCGAAAUGAACCGGUGAUUAGUUCUUUCUUCCUAGAGAUUAAACGAACACCUCCCCAAUACAGUCUCCAUUAAGAGGCCCACAAUGGGGCCGACAAGGUGGAGGCAGAACUGCCUUUCCCUCCCUCCAGCUAAUUCCUAGGUCAUGGUGGAGGCACCUUAAUAAAGUGAGGUAGGGACUCUUGUAUUUCCAAAGUCGUCAUAAGUCCUCAUCAGUGGGCGUGGCAGUGGACAUGACAGUGCUUACUCAAGAUGUUAGCGACCUAGGCACGAUGAGAUAUGGUAAUAAUAAACUGGCACCCUUUCCCUCUAAAUAUAUUUGCAUUCCUGAGCAAAUGUUAACAAUUAUUUUAAUUCUUUUUUGGAAUGCGAUUUUUAAAAUUCUCUUUAAGACUGUUUUCUUCCGUCGUGCAUAUGAAAAUUACAUCACCAUCUAAGAUGAUUUAGCCACUGGAUUUUAGUAAGGGAGUUCCAAAUAAACAGAUCAGAUUAAGGCAGAUUAAUUGUUUUGUAUUGCUGCUGUGACUUCAGAAAAAUUAUGAGAUCUUCCUGGUAAUUAAAUUUAUAUUUAAUGAAGUAAUGUAUAAUUCCAGUAUUUAUUGUUUGAGGCUUGAUUAUUUUGGUAAUUUAAAAGAACGCUAUUUUAUUUUUGUUAAUAAAAUCCCAAUUUCAUACCGCCCCUUAACAGUGUCUAAAAUUUGUAGAGGUGAAUAGUUGGUGAAAGUAUACUGAUUUAAAAUUCAACCCUGAAUUUAGAUUUGAUUAACGUAGAGUUAUUCUGUUGUCACAUAUAAUGGGUACAAAGAACAAGUAUUUUCAUAAACCGGACUGAUUUGGUUGUUCGAGAAUCUCAACUAAGUUGAGAAACAUAUCAAAAUUGUAACUGAUCUUCAUAUUUUCUUUUGAAUUUGUUGUUGAACUUUAUAUUAAACCUUUUAAAUAUAUAUUUGGCAAAUACACCAAAGAAACAGGGAAGUAAGAUUAUGAUCGUCAAUGAACUGCAACCUCAUCCUUUGAAAACAAAGCAGAAGAGUUUUUUGUAAAUAUUUGUGUUAUAAAUGUACAGCAGAAUAAAAGUGUUUUUUUAGAUUAUUUAAUUUCCAUAUUUCUAAAGUAUUUACUACAUUAUAGACCAUACUUGUUAGUUUGAAAGGCUUUUGACUGUUUUGGUUUCUAAUUUGUUAUCAUUCAUGCUUGAAACAGCGCUCUAGCUAGAGAGUUUAAUGUUCUGGCUUGAGUUGGAAGUAGCAGGGGUGCACAUCUGGACAAAGAUGAUUAGCAUGAUUUAUUUGUCAUAUACACACCCUGAAACAGAAGAGAAUGUGUAGCUUGAUUGUCAGAGUGGGCCAUAAGGAAAUUGAAAUCCUAACUUUUCUGCAAAGUUGCCCAAAAUGCAAUUGGGAUAAGAAUAACUUCCAAUUUGUCCACAAACUUAGCUUCCAUGUAACUCCUCGUGUGUUAUCAGUAUCAUAAUGUAUUUUGUUCUUCCUUUGUAAUGUAAGUUUUGCUUUGGGUCAGUUUGAAUUUUAAAAAAAUUUAAACCUGGUUUAAAAAACA